AUGUCUGGACAAUCAUCAGUCGGAAACUCUGGCGUCUACGAGGCUGGCGACCAGCGCAACCCCAAGCAGUCUGAGCUCCACGAUGCCACCCGCUUCGAGGAGGGCAAGGAGCACUCCCACCAGGCCAACGACUCCAAGGACCAGCGUUCCAUCGCCAACAGACUUGCUGCCGAGGAGCGCAAGUCCGACGAGGAAGACCCUCAGACCAAGGCAUUGAAAGAGGACCCUACCCUUGCCGCUAAGAUGCACGGUAACGAGCCGUCGAAGGGCGCUAAGAUCGACGCUGAGAUCCAGCAAGAAGAGGAGGAGUACCUGAAGAGGAAGGGCAAGGCCUAA